UCAAUUCUAAAGUAGCUUUUGCACUGUCCACUACACUUCAAUUAAAGAGCUUAAAUUUGUGAAGAAAGCAAAGGAAGGAAGAAGCUGAUUCACUUUUUCUUCAGCGACUGUAGCUGGUAGAGAGUCAACUAAUGUGAAUAAAUCUGAAACCUGUUGAAGAGUGAAAAUAGUUUAUGAACGACAAAAGUUAAAAAAAGUUGCAGGAAAAUGAAAAUUGAGUUUGUAAUUCUCUUAGUGCUAUCGUUGCUUGUUACCAGUUCCAUCGCUCAAGCGAACAAUCGUGAUGGACCCUGCGGUCAAUGGCGACCGGGUGAUGCGGAUCUUGGAACGUGGGAUAUCAUACGAGAAUUCCAAAUGGAUAACUACGAGUCACGUUAUGAGAUAAUCUCGAGAACGGAGGGCUCGAAUAGCUUCCAGACUGCAUAUCGUCUUGAAAACAGUGCAAACUUCUCGAUGAGAGCUGAAGACGCAUUUCCACGCGGCACUCCAUUUGAGUUUUCAUUCGAGUGCACUUAUCGUGAACGACAACGCCAGCCAGAUCCUUGGCAUUUAUUCCAUUUGACUAACUCAAAUGAAGAAUCGCAAUUGUCCGUGACUCUAAAUCCUGGAAAAGAAACACUUCAACUCUCUUUACCCGAUGCGAAGGGUGACUUACAGAUGGUCGAGUUCCAUUCAACACGAUUGUUCGAUCAAAGGUGGCACAAGAUUAUGUUGGGUGUGACAGAAAGUCAAGCCAAGCUGUGGGUUGAUUGUCAGCCCGUCAAAAGUGUUCAAGGAUAUUAUGACAGCCCGUUAAGAGAGCGUGGCCAGUAUGAUAUACAUGAUGGCACACUAUCGAUUGCACAAGUUUCUAAAGUUCCCAGUUACCAAUCAGCACCUCCUAUUGACCUGCAAUGGAUGGUUAUGACUUGCGAUCCGAGCCGACCUUUACGUCAGAAUUGUGAUGAGAUUCCCGGCUAUGAUGUAGCAGGGGUAGCUCCGGAAUUUCUUGAAGGUCCCGAACCAAAACCCUGUCAAGUUUGUCCUCGAGGCCCACAGGGACUUAAUGGAACCGAUGGUCGUCCCGGUCAAAAAGGAGAACGCGGAUUUCCGGGCCCAAUAGGACCAAUGGGAAUUCCAGGAUUUUCACCACCUGCUGUGAAAGGCGAAAAGGGUGAACAGGGAUUGCGAGGAUUUGAUGGUAGAGAUGGUGCAGCUGGAAGAAAUGGAGUUCCUGGCCUUAGAGGAGACCGUGGAGAGCGUGGUUUUCCAGGCCUUCCAGGGUUGCCAGGAACAGGAGGAACUGGCGGCAGUGUAGUCGUUAGAGAAGGUCAAAAAGGAGAAAGAGGUGAAAUAGGUUUAAUGGGUCUGCAAGGAGAACGUGGCGAACGGGGAGAAUCAGGUAGUGAUGGACGACCAGGUUAUGAUGGGGUCAAAGGAGAAAAAGGAGAAGUUGGUUUAAGGGGAUUUGAUGGGCGUCCUGGACCACAAGGACCUUCUGGCCCACCAGGACCACCUGGAGAAAGUUCUGGAGGCCACUCAAGAGGCAUGGGCGUUCAUUAUGUCUUGGGUGGUGGGACUGGCGCAAGAGGAGAACCAGGGCCGCAAGGUCAAAGAGGACAACAGGGACCCCCAGGAGAAAAUGGGCAACCCGGACGAAGCUUUUCAGAAGAAGAAGUUCGUGAAAUUUGUUACAGCGUUUUAAGAAAUCAGCUCGAGGAAUUAACAGCCAACCUUCAAGGCCCUCAAGGACCUCCUGGGCAACCAGGAAAGAGAGGCCCUCAAGGAUCACAAGGUGAUCAAGGACAACAAGGAGAAAAAGGAAGACAAGGAUAUCAAGGAAUCCAAGGUCUUCCAGGUAUGCCAGGGCCUCAUGGAGAAGCUGGUUAUCCAGGAGAACCUGGAGAAAGAGGAGAGAAGGGAGAUCGUGGAGAGGAGGGCAUAGGCCGACAGGGACCACCUGGUCCACAAGGUCCCACAGGAGCCACAGGUGCUGAUGGAAUGACAGGAAACCCUGGAAGACCUGGUCCACAAGGAGAACAAGGUUCUACUGGAAACGUGGGACCUCGUGGUCCUCCAGGAAGUGCUGGUCAAUGUCCCGUUGAUUGCUAUCAAGCGAUGACUCAAGCGAACGCUCUUUAUUACAGUCGUGCUCAAGGCAAUCAAAAAGGGCCAUAAUCAGUCGAUGAGUAUUUGAGAAAAGCACAGAAGUGUCAAAAUAUUUUCUUUUAUAAUAAACUGCAAAUUUUCCGAUAGAACCGGAGAAGAUACUUUGUUCUUUACUCUUGAAAAUUGUCGUAAAUGUUGAGUUAUUUUCAGAAGAGAAAAAAUAAUUUUAUUGUUCGCAUCAUUCAACUUUGCAAGAGUUUCCUAAUUUUGUAUAGACAUUAUCCAAUCAUCAAUGUUCUGAAGUCCUUUAGGAAUAAGAGAUGAAAGCAUCGAAGAUAAAUCGAAUUGAGCG